AGCAGCGGUCCCUUCUCAUGGCUCGUAUUCCCUCUUUCAGUUUUUCCUUAGUUUUGUUUCAUGUAAUUCGAGAUGUUGAUGAAAUUGGUUGAAGGAUUAUUUCUUUCUUUUGCUUCUUUCUUUUUUUCGUUUUCGAUUAAGGAAAAAAUGCAGCAGGAGGGAGAAUCGCGGUGACGACUCGGAAAAUUCAAGCUCAACAGACCGGAUUGCAGGUCUCUCUCUUCGGAGAUUGUUGCUUGCAUGUCGAUUACCCCGCUGAACCGAGCGAUAACCUCUCUCUCUCUAACUAUACGUGUAUGGAUCUACGUCUGUAUCCUUUAAUCCGUAUUUUUAUUCACUGAUUCCAUUUUUUUGAAUUUUUCUUUUGAGCGAUUGUUAUUGUUAUUUGAUUGGGGAAAUUGUUUUGCGAUGAGGAUAAAGACGCUCCCUCUUCUGAAAUUAAAGUUGAGGAUGCUUGCUGGCAGAAUCGAACCAAUAACUAAAUUUGCCGCCACUGAGUAAAUCUAAUUUCCCUUUUUUUCUAUUUUUUCCGACUCAUAUUUCGCUCAUCCGGAUUUUUAUAAAUUUUCUAUGAACAGUCAGAUUUGAUUUUAAUUUUUGGUACUUUAUUGAUGAGGAUGAAGCAAUAUCUUCUAUUUCCAACACUUGGACUGAGAGAUGAGAUCUCAUCUCCAUUGAUGCCACAAAGUUUGCUACUGAAUCAUGUGGAUUAUUACCACUAACAACUGCCCAAUUCAUCAUUCGAGUUGUUUUAUCUGUUUUUGUUUUGAACUCCUUCCUACUUCACCUUCUUUGUCGAUUUUUGUGUUCUAUUUUCGACUCGUUUUUAGUUCCAUCAUUUAAGUUGAUUUUUCUCCGACUCUUACGUUCUCAUUGCCAAGUUUGCUUGAAAAUCAGUGUUUUUAUGGUGUGAUAGAGGUUGGAAAGGUCAUCAAGUGAUGAAUACAUUCAUUAAUCUUAGGACACCUUUAGACACAGCUUCUUCAGGCUGUGAAUGAAAAUACUCUUUAUUCUGAUGAUGACCCAUUGGAUUCAGUUUUCAUAAUAUAUCAAUGACUCGGACUUAGAAACCCAAUUUGCUGACCUGACACGAUUGUGCAAGCCAUCGGGCUUUCAAGUUCUCAACCUGCCAAUAACCCAUUUCUCUGAAAGAUGAAAGUCUUUAAUCACACCAGUUAUAUUAGAAAUGGAAUAUUACUUAGUUAUAUUAAUCAAUAAUUUUAGUUUUGAUACACACAUUGAGAAAAUUAAGAAAAUAGGAUUAUUAUAAAUAUGGAUAAAUUAUUUUUACAUGAACGGAAUAAUAUGAAGUUUUCUGUUGAAGCGCAAAAUUUUGGAACUGCAAGGUAUUUAUUGUUGGACUAUCAAUGGUUGCUGGUCACAAAAGUGGAUUUAAAUUUGAAGUAUUACUACUAGAAUUCAAAGGAAUUGAACUUUUAGUUCCAAAUGAAAUAAUUUAAAUAAUAGAAACAAAUAGAAAAGUCCUAGAGGCAAAUUUUGUUCCCAAAAUAUGGUUAAAUUAAUGGUUCAAAAAUUUCAGUAUGGGUAGAAGUAAUAAGGAUGAAUAUAUUUGACUGACUAAUAAUUUCAUUGAUUCGUUCUACACAAAUAUAGAUUGAAAAAUGUUGUUUUGAGAGGUUUUUGGUAAUUUCACCAAUCUUUUAGGACACAUGUGUAUGGUAUUAUACUUGAUUGAUUCUAUGUUGUAGUGAAGAGGUAUUCACGAGUUUCUAACGUGCCCGGCACCUUUCGAGAUCAUCCAUUUUUGCUAUUGAUAAUUAAAAACUCAGGAGAAUGACAAAUGAUGUAUCAAUUUUUAUAGUCAAAAUAUUACUCGAGUUUCAUAUCAUUGUGAUAUAUUCAGAUGUAAAAUUAGGAUUAAGGGGUAUACUGGUUAAAUUCAUAAUAAUAAUAAAAUAUUAUUUUACAAGUUAAAUUCAUAUUCAAAAGUAACUGAACCUCAUAUUCGACCUUUUGUUACUAUUCUAUAAAUGUUUGUUGACUUUGAAGUCAUAAAGGAUUGGAUGAUCCUCAUUUUGUUGUUGCUAUUGUCUUUAAUUAUUUUGGUGAGAGUUUCUUAUUAAAUUUCAAAAUCUUGGAAGAUGGACGUUGUGAAUGGUUGAACUAUUAGUGGGAGAAAAAUCUAUGGAUGAGUGGUUUAAAUUGUGCAUAAUAAAUGAAGUGAAAAAUAAUUUAGUAAAAUAUAUAAUGUUUAAAAAUAAAAAAUAGAUCAAAAUCGAGUACAACUCUAGGACCCCAUUUGCAAUAUGCAUACUCAAUCCAUUUAUUAACAUUAAAUAAUGAGAAUGUGGCAAAAAUCUCGCACCAUUUUAUGAUCAUCAUUAUUAUUUUAUAAACAAAAACCACCGAAAUCUAUGUACGAUGAUUUAGGUACUUUUUCAUAAUUUAAAUUCCACCCCUUCUAUCCAUAUGAGAUCGAUGAUGUAUCUAAAAUUAGAUACCAAAUCAUUUAUCCGCUAUUUUUUUUGUUUCAACGAGCUGCUUUAAUCGCAUUUUUAUCUUAUUUUCGACGAGCUGUUUAAUCAGGAUCCUCUAUGUUUGUCCGAAAUACAAAUAAGCUCUAUAUAUGGUAAACGAGACGCCUCAAAUUAAGGACUAAAAUUAUAGAAUAUCUAUCUCUCUCUCAAAAAUUAUCUGGAUUGCAAUGGACAGUUGAAUUUCCAACCUUAUUUCUCUCUCAUCCCACAUAUCUCCCAGUCUCUCUCUCUAUAUAUAUGGCAGAAGAAAAGAAAAUGGCAGAAGCAUUGAGAUUCUUCAUAAGAAAAAACCUUCCAAAAUUCUAAGUAAAACAAAAACUGUACAUAUACAUAUAAAAAUGGAGUUGGAAAGUUGUGAUGUUAUGAACAAUGUGAUCAAAUACUUGUCUUCCUUUCUCCAAAGGAUUGCAGAAUCGAACGACGUGUUUGGUGUCCCGUUGAAAACGUCAAUCUUUCAUGGGUUGACACGGCCAACAAUCUCAAUCCUGUGCUACAUGGAGAGGAUCUACAAGUACGCAAACUGCAGCCCGUCGUGCCUCGUCGUGGCGUACAUUUACAUUGAUAGGUUUGUGCAGAAACAACCCCUUUUGCCCAUCUCUUCUUUCACUGUGCAUCGCCUCCUCAUUGCCAGUGUUUUGGUUUCUGCCAAGUUCAUGGAUGACAUGUUUUACAACAAUGCUUACUAUGCCAAAGUAGGAGGAAUCAGCACAGCAGAAAUGAACCUCCUUGAAAUGGACUUCUUGUUUGGCUUAGGAUUCCAACUCAGUGUGUCGCCCUCCACAUUCCAAACCUAUUGCUCUUUCCUCCAAAGAGAAAUGCUACUGCAGUCGCCUCCGCUUAAUCUACCACCUUCUGCCCUAAUUCUUGCAGUACCAGAAACACCCCUUUUUUGCAUCAAAGAGGAUGGGUCCACACAUCAACAACAGCUUGCAGUUUAAGCCUAACUAGGGUGUCAAAUUCCAGUUCACAUCUUCUAUGUUACUGCGUCUCCCAUUCCACUUUUUUCACGUAUAUAUGAUAUGUGUAAAAUGUUUUCUUGUAAAUGUAGUGGAUGUAGAUUCUACAUAUUUUAUAUAGAGAUUUGACAGGUUCCAUAGCGAUUCUAAAUCCCAGUUUGAAUAUUCUACUUCAUAAUAGAAUUGCAUAUUAUAUGCAAACUUUGAGGUAUAUCUAUGUGUGUAAGGUGGGAUCUAUAUGUAAGACGAGACAUCAACUUAUGUAGAUAACUUGGACUGGUUUAAGACACCAUGUCCUUUAGUGCAAAGGAGACACCUCGAUUUUGCAUUAGUCAGGAUGUCGGCCAAUCGGAAUGCCAAAAAGAAGGAUGACAUUGUAUUAUUGGAAAUGUAUUUGAGUGGAAUAAAUUGUUUCUCUUGA